ACCUGCUUCUUUGCGCAAAUUAUACAUCAGCGAUUAAAGGAGGCAGCGGACAAAGAACAAAGAGAGCAAAGGGCAGAAAAAGAAGGGAAGGCCCGGUCAGAUGAAUCUUACCGACGAAUUCCGCCAUGAGCGCCUCAAGCUCUACGGCAAUUUCAUGCGCCUCCUCCAGAUCCAGGGAGGCACGAAGAAAGACGUGAUCAGUCUUCGCAUCACCCAAUACGCCAUUCAUCGCCGUCCUCCUUAUGCCGCCAUCUCAUAUACCUGGGGCCCCAACCCGAACGCCAGCAAUCUGAGACACCACCACCAUCGCGGCAGCGCCAAUGCCGCGGCGACGGUGGAAACAUACACGCGGCAGAUCCGCGUGAAUGGGCGCCCAUUCCGUGUACGUGUGAACCUGUGGAACCUGCUAUACCAUCUGCGCCAGCGCGGGGAGUCGAGGUUCCUCUGGGUGGACGCUCUAUGCAUUGACCAGGAGAACUUGGAGGAGAGGAAUUUCCACGUCCAGCGCAUGUCCGAGAUCUACGAAAAGGCCAUCCUGACCUUUGUGUGGCUGGGUUUGCCCUCGGAGGACAGGAGGCAGGCCAGGGCCCUCGAGUUCAUCAGCGAGAUGGCCGUGUUUUGCAGAAAACAUCACCACCACCACCAUCAUCACCAUCAUCAACAUCAGCAUGAUUCGGCGUCGGCGUUCCGGGCAAAGUACUUGGUCGAGGCCUGUGCGCAGCGCUGGGCGAAUCUGCUCGAACUCUGCAGGGGCACCUACUGGACGCGCACCUGGAUCAUCCAGGAGUUUGUCAAGGCGAGCCGAGUCCAGGUCCUCUGCGGCACAGCCAGUCUCGAAUGGAUCGACUUCGAGGACAUCGUCCGCGCCGUGCGCUCUAUCAUCUCGCAAUCCCCGACGAUGGCGGCGUCGCCUACGCCGGCAUUCGUGCAACAGUUUACACAAACCAUCCCGUUCCGUCUCACAUCGCGACGCAUCUCACACACGGCCUCCACGCUCGAGGACUUGCUCUUGGAGUUCUACGACUCUAAAUGUGCGGAGCGCCGCGACAAGGUCUACGGCGUCCUGGGCAUCGCAGGCGACUGCGGCCAAGACCCCGAGGCCCCCGGCUCCUACCGCGGCCCUCAACCGGACUACUCGAAGCAUAUCCUCGAGGUCUACUUCGAGGUCUUCAGCUAUCUGAUGCGGCCGUCACCGCCGCCGUCGUCGCGGCCACGGUCGCCAAUGCAAGCCAUCUUUCUGGCCCAGCGCGCCUUGGGCAUCACCCAGGCCGACGUGGAGAGCUACAUGGCGCUGCAGGCUAUACAGAAGCCCGGCAAUGGCCAGGGCGUCAGCCUGCUGACCCGGCGACUCCGCGACUUCACCUACCCGAUGGUUCCAGACUACGUCAACUUCAUCGACGAAGUCCUUCCUGGAUGGACCAGCAUCCGCGACCUGCGGCAGCGGCUGGAGCAGGUGGACUGGGCCAAGUACGUCGGACACGAAGUGCGGAGGAAGUCGUCGAGGCCGUCGGCCGGCGGGACGCAGAAAAGCUCGAGUUCAGCAACGUCGAUAGCGACCACAACCUCGUCGUUGACGGCCGGUUCAGGCGCCGCAACAGGAACGGGGACGGGGACGGGGACAGCGUACAUUCGCGCCCCUCUGCCGUCGGACCUGAUCGAGAACGUCAUCCAGGCCGCAUCCCACAGCGAAGAGAUAUCGCAUUUGUACAACUACUCCUCACCACCUUCUUUGCCCUCCGGCACCACCACCGCCGCCGCAGCCUCGUCCGCAACAUCGUCUUCCUCUACAUCAACAUCGUCAAACACCGCUGCUCCUACCGCCGUCUCUGGCGACAGAGCGACGGCAAACUCCAUCUCACCGCCCACCCCAAUUCAAAUCCCCAUCCCACAUGUCCUUCAACACCCGCACGACAAGCGCCUGCACAACAACCCGUCGCUGAGCAAACCGUGCAUCAUCAUCGAGUCGAACCCGGCGGGAGGGAUUGAGCCCGCGCGCAUCGGCUUCGCCUGCACGGACGCCCGGCCGGGCGACCUGCUGUGCCAGUUCGCGGGGCUGGAGCUCACGCUGAUCGCGCGGCGCACGGGGUCCGGGAACCAGUUGGCCCUGGUGGGCCUGGGCAAGAUGUGCACGCACCAGGGGCUGCGGGAGAGGAGCGUGCAUCCCGCGUGCAGACGCGGCGAUCAGGCCAAGUGGUCCGGCGUGGUCGCCGGCGCCGCCACCGGCACCGGUGUGCAGCAGGGGGAUCAGCAUGUGGAUGGGAAUCCCGACGGGUGGACGAUCACGGUGGAUCCCAUUGGGCUCUGGGAGGUUUUGAGACGCAGUUAAAGACGGCAGAUGACUACAUGCAUUGCACUCAUGCACGACAGAGCAGGUAGAUAUGUACAUUGGUAUCUCGAAUGGGCUCCGACUGCACCAUGCUAUGCGUGGAUUGGGCCUUCCUCUUCGAAUGCUCCAUCUCAAGGCAUCUUGUCCGCAGGGCGAUACUCUAU